GUAUAUAACGCAAGGCAGGCAGUUGCGCUCACAUUUAGGAAGUUUUGUCAUCAGAGCAAAGCAAGAGGCCAAUUUGUACAGGCAAAGAAAGCGCUAUGAAGUUCCUACUACUAUUUGUGAGUACGGUAGUUGUUGUCUACUGUGAAGGUAGAGAAGAUACAACAUUGCCUUCCAUGGCCCUCACCACACCCCCGAGCUCAACGGAGGCAAAGUCACGGUUUGCAAUGCUGGACGACGUGAGGUUGCUUGCAAAUGGCUUGCUUCAGCUUGGUCAGAGUCUUCGGGAGUUUGUGCACAAAACCAAAGCCCAGAUCAACGAUAUUUUCCAAAAGUUAAACAUUUUCGAUCGCUCGUUUUACCAGCUUUCCGUGGUCACUUCGGAGAUUAAGGAGGAAGAGGAGGAACUGAAAAAGACUACGAGUUAUCUGAAAGCCAACAAUGAGGAGAUAAGGAACCUGUCACUGGAAAUUAACUCAAAGAUCAACAACAUCCUGCAAGAGAGAAUGCAACUGCAGGUCAAAGUGGGGAGCCUGGAGGAGAAACUUAAGGGGCUGUCUCAGAUUCUGCUCCCUCCUGAACAAGUUGGCGAAAUAUCCAGCCUCAAGGAGGUGAUCGAAGCCCAAGAGAAAACCAUUACAAAUCUACUCAAUGCAGUUAAAGAACAGCACGAACAGCUUAACAGCCAAAAGCUUAAGAUAAAAAACCUGGAGGAAAAGCUUAACAACGACAACUUCCAAGAAACUAUGGAAAAGUCAAUGGAUUCUGACCCUUCAUCUCCAGACAUGUUUGAAUAUCUAACAGUGAACACAACAGAUUAUCCUGCAGACUGCAGUGAACUAUAUGAGAAAGGGGAGGUGAACAGUGGAGUCUAUGUGAUAAAGCCCAACCUCUCUGAGCCAUUCAAUGUUUACUGUGAAAUGACAUCAGAUGGAGGAGUGACUGUCAUUCAGAGGAGAGUUGAUGGUUCGGUGGAUUUCGACCAAACAUGGGAAAAAUACGAAAAGGGCUUCGGAAAUUUUGAAAGGGACUAUUGGCUGGGGCUGCAGAAGCUCUACAGUGUUUCUCAGCAGGGAGCUCAUAUCAUGCGAGUGGACCUGGAGGACUGGAGAGAUGUCAAACACUGGGCGGAGUACACGUUUUCCCUGGACGGACCCUCAUCCCACUACACCAUUCAUAUGAGCCACAUCUCUGGAGACCUGGCGGAUGCUUUGGCGAAUGUUACUGCUGUUCGAUUCUCAACUAAAGACAUGGCCACUGACAACCACAGAAACUGUCCCAGGCAUUCAACAGGUGGUUGGUGGUUUGAUUCCUGUGGAGAAACCAACCUCAAUGGAAGGUACCUUUGGCUGCGUUCAAAGGGGCGUUCUGUGAGAAGAAAAGGCAUUCACUGGAAGCCAAGCAUGGGCCAAUCGCUUUCAUUAAAAACAACAAAGAUAAGCAUACGACCAGCUCGUACCACCUCUACCAGCUUGUACUGACAUGCCCUCUGACACAGUCACACUAGCAUAGUUCAAUACACAGACAGCUCAAUAGAAAAUGCUGCUUUACAAAGUUGUAGCUAAGGAAAUAGUAAUACCAGAAAUACCAAACAGUAACACCAGAUCCUGCAUGGACACUACCUCUGGUGCUGACCAAUGAAAAAGUUUAAAGGCCCUGUACCUGUUUUUCCCAUGUAUUUAAGCAAAACAUCUCUUUCCCCAGUGCAGAUUGUGAGCUAUUGAGGUCAAAAUAAGCCAGUUGUGUACUGUUUGCAUCUAAUUAGAAACGGUUUUAUAGCCAGAUAAUCAGGAAGUGCGUGUUAGCAUAGUCAUUACUCUGCACUGGCCUCUGAGAGUUGUGAAAAGCCCUUGUAAACUCACUGCAGUCAGCAAUCACGAGAUUCUGAAUGCAAAUCAGGUACAGUGCCUUUAACUGUAGCAACAACGUAACCAUGGCACCAGGGUCAGUGACCUACUGGUAUCAAUCCAGCAGGAACAGUAAAGUUGUCCUUAUGCAAUGUUGGCACUCACAAAAUGAAGAUCAGCAAACCAUGUCUAACAACCAGGUCACCUGCUGUAGUAUAAUGCUCAAGAAA